AAUUAUUACGACGCUUCAGUCGCAGCCCGCUCCAGCUGUUGGUGAGUUGUCUUUGCUUUCUGGCCGCGUCGUCAUCGCGUCGUUGGUUUGUUGCUGCUGCUGCUGCUGCUGUUGGUUGUUAUUGUUAGACGCAAAAGAAAAAAAGUAUACUUAACACACAACAAAAGCAAAAACAAAGAGAAAGAGAAAAUGUGCUGGCAAUUGCACAAGAACUAGCGCGGUACCAAGCACAAAAAAUAAUCAUAAUAAUAAGCAGCAAACACAGCAGUUUCCCAUUGGAAACUUCGCUAGGCAAGCUAAGAACCCACAACAUCAAAUCCAAUUGGAUAACCGUGGACAAACUGGAGUUCCUAUUGGAGUCAUCGAGUGUAGGUAAGAAUUAAUCGACAUGCCGCCACAUCGCUGGACGGACGAAACACGCGACACCAGCUGCUAUUACGGUAAUCUGCUGGCGCGUUCCUCCUCCGAUGCCGAUGACGAUGACACCGAACCCGAUGCCGAUGCCGAUGACGAACGCGGCGCCCUCUGCCCCGGCGAUACGCCUCUAAUCCCAGGUGCCGAGGAUGAUGCAGCUGGCGGCGAUUGCCUGCAAACGCGUCACAUAUUCGGACUGAUGGGUUUCCUUGGCUUUGGCGUCGUCUAUGCCAUGCGUGUCAAUCUCUCCGUGGCCAUUGUGGCGAUGGUGAAUCAAACCGCCAUUCCCCAACAGCUAUACAACGGCAAUAGCUCCAUCCCCGAUAACGACACCUGCCCGUUGCCCGGACCAAAUCAAACGAUGCCCAAUCGCUAUUGGCCGCACUCGGUUGCAGCGGCCACGCAGGGUGAAUUCGUGUGGGAUGAGGCCACCCAGGGACUGGUGCUCGGCAGCUUCUUCUAUGGGUAUGUGCUCACCCAAGUGCCUGGCGGACGCAUGGCUGAGCUGUUGGGCGGCAAACGCAUCUAUGGCUAUGGCGUUCUCAUAACAGCGCUCUUCACGCUCCUCACGCCGCUGGCGGCGCACAUUGAUCUUCCUCUCCUGGUGCUGGUGCGCAUCCUGGAGGGCAUGGGCGAGGGUGUCACAUAUCCGGCCAUGCAUGCCAUGCUGGCGCAUUGGAUACCGCCGUUGGAGCGGAAUAAGUUUGCGGCCAUCGUUUAUGCCGGCUCCAACAUUGGCACCGUCAUCUCCAUGCCCCUUACGGGUUGGCUCUGCUCGCAGGAAUUCCUCGGCGGCUGGCCAUCGGCAUUCUACAUCUUUGGUGUGCUCGGGAUUGUGUGGUUUGGCUGCUGGAUGUAUUUGGUGUACGACAAGCCGAGUGAACAUCCGCGCAUCUCACGUAAAGAGCGAGCCUACAUCGAGCGUGCUCUCCAGCUGCCCCAGGAGGAUGAAACGGAGUCGGAGGCGGAGACACGGCAUAGCGAUGCAAUACCCUGGAGCUCGCUGUUGACCAGCGUUCCACUGUGGGCCAUCCUCUUGACGCAGUGCGGCCAGAGUUGGGCGUUCUACACACAGCUGACGGAGCUGCCCACAUACAUGAGCAACAUCCUCCACUUUGACAUCCAAUCGAAUGCCAUGCUCAAUGCCAUUCCGUAUCUGACAUCGUGGUUCAUGGGCAUCGCCUGUUCCGCUUUGGCGGAUUGGUUGCUCGCCCGUCGCUACAUCAGUCAGCUGAAUUCGUACAAGCUGUGGAACAGCAUUUCAUCGCUCAUCCCAUCGCUGGGCCUGAUUGGCAUCAUCUAUGUGGGCUGUGAUUGGGUCUGGGUCACCUUCAUGCUCGCUGGCGUCGGUUCCUUUGGCGGCGCCGUCUACGCUGGCAAUCAGAUGAAUCACAUUGCGCUGAGUCCCCGCUAUGCUGGCACCAUGUAUGGCAUCACCAAUUCGGCGGCGAAUAUCUGCGGAUUUCUGGCUCCUUACGUCAUCGGGCUGAUCAUCAAUCAUCGCGAGACAUUGACGCAGUGGCACAUUGUCUUUUGGCUGGCGGUGGGUUUGAAUGUUGCUGGGAAUUUCAUCUAUUUGAUGUUUGCCAGCGCCGACGAACAAUCCUGGUCAUUGCGGUCAACUGGAAGUGGAAAUGAAACUGGAAGUGCAAAUGGAAAUGCAGCAGCUAGAGAAGUUUCAGCUGCAUCGCGACAAACGCUGAGCAUCUAGCGUCGGGUCAACGAGUUCAUUCUCUUCCAUCCCAGCAGAAAAGAAAACCAUUUAGUGCAUAAGCAUGUGUGAUAAUUCCGCGUGGAAUGAUUUUUGUUGUUGUUGAAGACACAGUAUUUUUGCAUUGUCGGGUUCCAGUGCACUUCCAGUUGUUUGCAGUUUACAAAACUGCGCCACGGUACCAAAAACAAACAAACAGAAAACAGAAAACAUGAAAAAGUUAAACACAGUACACAGCGCUUCCAGUGACCUUCCAGUGCAAACUUGUCUUGCCCUUCCAGUGGCACUUCCACUGGCUCUCAUCUCAGUGCUAACAAUUGUAAAUGCAGCGCGAUUUCCAGUGUCUAGAUGAUUUACUUCCUUAUAGUAUAUAUUUUAUGUGCUUUGAUUACAGUGACUUAAGCUUAUUUCCAGCUCACUGGAAGUUACUUCCAGUGACUUUAAAAGCAUUUAGCAAUGAUACUACUUCUUUGCACUAUGUAUUUUAUAAGAUUUCCAAGCGAAUUCAUUUCCAGCCGCUUUCACAGACUUUCCAGUCUUACUUUUUGUGCUGUAUUCGUUUUUUUUUAAAAGAACAACUAUUAGUUGUGUUUUUACGCUUCUUGCUCAAACUCACUUCCAGGUAACUUCCAGUAAAUUCUGCACACUUCUGUCAUAACUUUCACUACGCUUACUCUGCACUCACUCUCUCGAUGCAUUUUCAUAGCCCUUCCAGCGGUUUCCAGUUGACUAGGCAACGACUUUCCAACUUGGCUAUGAAUUUGAAAUUACUUUUAACUGUACCAAUCGUUAUAUGUACUAUAUAUGUAAUACUAUUAGGUGCGAUAUCGCUUUUUAAACUA